AUGCCCAAGAGGAAGGUCAGCUCCGCUGAGGGGGCGGUGAAGGAGGAGCCCAAGAGGAGAUUGGCAAGGUCAUCAGCUAAACUGGCUCCUGCAAAAGUGGAAACGAAGCCAAAAAGGGCAGCAGGAAAGGAUACAUCUUCAGACAAAAAGUGCAAACCAAAGGCAAAAAGGGGAGCAAAGGCAAAACAGGCUGAAGUGGCUAACCAAGAGACUAAAGAAGACUUACCUGCAGAAAAUGGAGAAACUAAAAAAAAAGAAAAUGGAGAAACUAAAAACGAGGAGAGGCCAGCUUCUGAUGAAGCAGGAGAGAAAGAAGCCAAGUCUGAUUAA